GAGUAUUUUACAAUUAACUCUGACCGAAUAAGCACGUGUUUUUGCCAAGUGAAGUUUGGGGCUUUUUCUUGCUGUUUUGUCCGCGAAAAAAAACAUCUUGAGGGAAAAGAGAUUAUUCGCCUAUAGUCUCUUAAGUGUUUUGAUCAACCAAGAUCAGUGUGUUUCCGCGAAAAGACCGCGUAAAAAACAGCCACCAAGAACGUCCUCAAGAAUUUCAAGUGCAAUUUCAAGUGUUGUUUUUUUUUGAAGCUCAAGAUCUCUUUCUCCCGGGAGUUUAUUGAAUAACUUGUUUUGGACAAUUAGUUUGAAUAUCUCCGCAAUCGGGAGAGACGUUUUAUUUGUUUGCCUAUUGGAUUACAAAAGAGGAGGAGAGAGAGGAGACUUCGGGACAAGAUCAAUCACUGACGGCCACGUUGGUGCUCCAAAAUGUGGAGCGCAGUGAAGGGUCCUACGAGACUGUGGGACCUUAGCCUCAUCUUUCUAAUCCUGCAAUGUACAAUAAGACUAGUGUUAGCCGGAAAUGAAAUAUGGCCCCUGGAGCGACCAGAUGGGAUGCCCAACAUUGUGUCGCUGGAGGUGAUGUGUGGAAAGGAUCACAUGGAUGUUCACCUGUCUUUUUCGCAGCCCUUCGAGGGCAUUGUGAGCUCAAAGGGUCAACACAGUGAUCCACGAUGUGUCUACGUUCCUCCAUCCACAGGAAAGACCUUCUUCUCCUUCCGGAUAGCUUACGCCCGGUGUGGCACAAAGCCUGAUCUCAAUGGGCAGUUCUACGAGAACACGGUCGUGGUCCAGUACGAUAAGGAUCUGCUGGAAGUGUGGGAUGAGGCCAAGAGACUGAGAUGUGAGUGGUUCAAUGACUACGAGAAGACAGCUUCGAAGCCACCGAUGGUCAUAGCAGAUCUCGAUGUCAUCCAGCUGGACUUCCGUGGGGACAACGUGGACUGCUGGAUGGAGAUUCAGCAGGGAAAGGGUCCAUGGGCAUCUCCCGUGAGUGGAAUCGUUCCUCUCGGCUCCACCCUAACUCUCGUCGUGGCUAUCAAUGACUACCGAGGUGAAUUUGAUAUGCGAGUGAAAUCUUGCCUGGCGUCCGAUGGGGCUGGUCACAUCAUCAAGCUGUCCGACGAGUAUGGAUGCGUCCUGAGGCCAAAGAUGAUCUCGAGAUUCCUCAAAGCCAGGGCGCCAGAUGAGCGAGCCACAGUCAUCACGUAUGCCUUCUUCCACGCCUUCAAGUUCCCCGAUGCCCUCAGUGUUCACAUCAAGUGCAAAGUUGAGAUUUGCCGACACGGAUGUCUGGACCAUUGCCAGGUGACUGGCAAUAUUCAUGAGAGAAAAGACGUGAUCGCCGAAGAUGGACACAGUGCCGCCAAUACGAAUGAGAUCAACAUGAUGCACGAAAUCCCAGAUGAUGAGGACUCUGGCGGGGACAAUGACGUCUACUACGAUGAUAUCAUUCACCAUGGAAGUGAUAGUCAGCAUGCAGCUCAUCUCAAACAGCCGCCGCCACAUCGGGAGAAGGCGCCGCCGAUGCAUCAUCAACACAGCGGAGAACUGGAGGAGCUCAAUAAGCUCUUCCGGGAUCACAAGGCAGACAUGAAGAAACGAGGACCGAAUGUUAGUGGACUGAAGGAGGGAGAUGACAAAUUCCCACAUGGACCGAGGUACUUUGAGGCUGCCAUGGCGCAGAAUCGCAUGGGAAAGCCUGCUGUAGCUGGACCAAGAUCACUCGAUGGCAGUGAGAGUGAACGGCCAGGAGUGAGGCAUCCGGGAGAGCCAGGAAGUCAUCGGACGCCACGGCGGAAGCGAUCAGUGGUGGUGUCUGAUCGGAAGGCGAGGAGUGCAGAUGUGGGAGUUAGUGGGAUCUACGAUGUGAUCUCUGAGGCGGACCUGGCCUUCAGCCCGGACGCCAAGCAGGAGGCCGUUACCGUGUUCCAGGGCAAAAUCACCGAAGAGGUGGUCUAUGGCAUCUGUAUGCCCGUACCAGGCUUCAGUGUCCUCUUCAUCCUCGUCACAUCAGCCGCGAUAGUGUCUGCCCUGGUGGCGGGUUCCCUCCUCUAUCGGUACCAGCUGCAGAAGGAAGCCCUGGCACAGCAGAAGCAAAAUGGUGCCAGUAUUCCUCUGGCCAGCAACACCUUCGCUUCCUGGAUGACCCUACGACUGGCUCGAAUGCGACAACACCACACGAGACAAUCUGUGGCGCAGUAGCUCUUCCCUCUCCCCAGAUCAUCUACUAGCUCUAUCCAAUUUUGAACACAAUCUAAAUUUCGCUGCACUCUCUCAGAACAAAAAGAAAAAGAAAAACAACGAAAAACAUUCUCCCCGGGCCCCCGAAAGCUCCAAUCUUUUCGCCUCCUCUCACCUUCUUCCUUGUAUAGAAGUGAAAGAAUUUUCGGGCAUAUUUGCAAUAAUUUUUUUUUAUGUUUUAGAAAUUCUUAUUUAAUUUUUUUUUUGUAAUCAUCAAUGACUUGGUGCUAUACACUGGGAGGGUUUUUUUGUGCGACAAAAAAUGUAAAAUGAAUUUCCCCAAUGUCUUCAUCACCGCAAUCCAAGCGGGAGGGAUUACUUUUCAGCGAAUUAUAGUGACUUUAAAAGGAUUUGGGAUUCAAGGAUGUGAUGCAACGACAAG